UCAUCUUAAAAAUAUCAUAUGAAAAUUUCAUUGAUCUUGUUUACUUGUGCCAAACACCCUCUAAUUGAAAAAACACCCAUAAUUUAACUUAAACAAACUUCCAAAUCACCCAAUUGCUCAUCCUCAAUUGCCUUGUAGGAAGUAGGAGUAGAUUGAUUGUUUGACAGUAUAUUCCAUUUUAUUGGGUUCUGUUGGUGUUUACAUGGAGAGUGAGUUCUGGGUUUUGUUCAAUUCCCCAAAAUUUAGAAAACCAAAAUGGUCAAAUUUUCAUCCAUGUAUUGGGGUGAUGUAUUUUUAUGAAGUUUAGUUAGGUCGAGAGAAAGAAAGAAUAAGGGAAAGGUUAAUGAAAAAUGAGUUUAAGAUCUUAGUAUUUAGAUAGUGAAAAUGAUAUACAUUCUUUGUGAAUCAAUAAUUGCUAAUUGCUAUAUUUUUUCUUGUACGUAAUAAAAUGUAUAUUUUAAUAGUAAAUAUAUUUAUUUUAAUUAAAUAAAAAAAUUAUAAAAAUUAUAUAAGAAAAUUAGAUUUAAGAAAAACAAAAUAAAAUUUUAUAUGAUUAUAUUAUUUUUUUAUGUAUGAGUCGAAAUUGAACUGAGAAAAUAUAGACUCUAACCGAAACAAAACCUAAUUUUGGACAUUAUGAAUUUUACUCUUGAUACUAUAAUGGAAAAUUUCAUAAACCUUGUUGAAGGUUCAUAUAUUUAGGUAGAUUUGUUUGUGAUUCAUCUAUAGAUUCUCAUGUGAUUCUUCAGAUUUCUCAAUUGAUUUCCCUUGACUGAAGUUGUUUGUUGGCAGUUAAUGUUUGAUUUUUAACCUAAUAUUAAAAUCUCUAUGCAUCGUUGUAAUCUUCUAAAUCACUUGCAUUAUUUAAUUAUCAAUAGAUGCUUUAUGUCUACUAUUAUUUUGUUGUUCUCCUUAACUGAUGCCCAGAUGCUGUUUUCAGUUGCAGAUUUUCCAGCUUCUAUAGUGUACUAACGGUAACAUUACUUUUUUAUGAAUUAAAUUGUGGCUAUUGGUGAAGUAAUUGGGAUUGAUAUUAUAUUAUUUGUUUUUGAUUAAUGUGUUUGGAACUUGAAAUUUUGAAUAUCAUCUUCCGAUUCAGGAUUCUUAGUAAAAGAAUUUUUUAGGGUUUUAAAUUGGGAUCGAUAUAAUAUUAUUUAUUUUUGAUUAAUGUGUUUGGAACUUGAAGUUUUGAAUAAUGAAUAUCAUGUUCAGAUUCAGGAUUCUUAGUUUAAUGAAUUUUUUAGGGUUUAAAAUAAGAAAGGAAAGUGAGACUUAAAGGAAAGAAAUAUUAAGAAAUAGAGAAAAGGUAAUGGUGGGAGUUAGGAGUCAGAUAUUGCUUGAGGUUGUCACUGGUUAUGGAGAAUAUUUUAGUAGUUUGAAUCUGUUGGCUAUGUCUCCUUAUUUCACUUGGUUUACCCGUGGUUCUUGGGGUUUGCCGCGGCACAAGGAAACAGGCAUUUCUUGGGUUCUCUUGCCAUUGAAGAGAGCCCUUUAUUAAAACUCACUUAAUCCCAUUUUUUUCUCUCUUUCCUAUUCACCAUUCUGCCUUUGUUUCUGCCAAGAUUCGAUUUUGCUGGCUGCAUAUGCCCUUUUCCUUAAGUUCUUUCUAUAUUGCCUUGAAAUUAGUUCAUUUUGUGAAAUCUAGUUAUAUGGUGAAUGGUCUUUUUCUUGGGGGGUUAACAUGUUUCAUUUUCAGAAAAUUGUUUUCUUGAAUAGUGCAUAUGCUGCGUGAUCGUAAACACAUUAGUAUAGUCUGGAAGAAACUGAUGUUCUAGGAUUGAUUAGCUUUCGUGUGGGCAUAGUACACUUUUGUGUAGAAGCGACGUCAAUCCGGGUCAUUACAGAGAACAAUGAAGUUUAUGAAACUUGGAUCGAAGCCAGAUACAUUUCAAAGUGAAAAUAAGAAUGUCAGGUGAUAUUUUUGAACUUUACUAAGAUGUUAGUCAAUGAUCAAAUGUAUAAUUUAUGUGCUGUCCUGUUUCGUAAAAUUUGUUUUUGCACUAUUUUCUGAUUUGCUCAUUAUGAAUUCUCAUGCUAGGAACUUCAGCAUACCACAUAGUUUGAUCAAUUUUAAAUAGUUUGAAAAUUCAACCGAUGAAAUGUCUCAAAUCAAAAGUUUUAUAAGGGAAUAUUCCUAUAUCGUCUAUAUCGAGUGUGAUUUGUGAUUUAUCUACCAACAGAUCUAACCAUUUAAUUUAGAGUAUGUGAUAGUGAUUUUAGUUGAUCUUGGGAUCUUUCCCUUUUUUCCUAUAUUGGAAUAAAUGGAACACUAUGGUUUUGUUGAGGCUUUCUCUUCCAUCUAAAAGGAUCUACGGAGAAAAGGGAUUGUGGAUUUGUAAGGAUGUACAGGACUGGGGAAGCCAGAACAUACUACUAGAAUUUUCAUCUGAUUAGAUCUGUUUUUCGCAGCUGAAACUUUUUUCUGUUUGGUGUAAAUUGCUUGUAUAUACUUUCCGUUUUUUGAUCUGUAUUUUCAUCCAGCUUUUAAUCACUAGUUACUGUUAUGUUAGAGGAAAAUCAAUAAUCAAAUAGUAAUCUCUUGAACAUAAAAAAUGCCAGUCUUUGAAGAUCUGUACUCUAUUCAGGACUUGAUAUCUAGUUUUCUUGGAUUCAGUUUUUAAUCUGUUGCUUGUAAACCUUUGUGCGUCAUAAAUAACUGUAUCUAGUUCUGUGAUUCUUCUAUCUGUAGUUUGGAUUGAAUAAAGGUUUCGAUCUGAACUCAAUUCUAUAAUUCGUAGAGAGUCAGGAUUUGUUCUUGAGCAGACUUAUCAACGCCUUGCUCUGAAUAUUAUGGUGUAUCUUACACAUUUAAUUCCUUGAAUUUGAAGUUCUUUUGUGUCAUUAUAGUUGUGAGUUUGUGACUAAGGAUCAUGUUUUGGAUUUCGUGUGAGGAUAAAAGCCAGGAGAUUUUUUAUUUACGCUUUAGGAGUAGUAGAGUACGUCAGUCCUGCAUCUGCAAGGACCAAGGAGUUAUAAAUGACUCCUAUCAAAUAUUGAUUCUUUGUGAUUGCGAGGUUACCUGUUAAUAUAAGGUGUUACUUCCAUAGUCUGGUGUGAAAUAGAUGCAAAUUGAACUGUCUCACUGGAUAGGUGUAGCUCACCUUGUAAUGCCUGGAUUCUUGGGGAUAGAUCCUGGCUAGUGUAACCUCAAUGACCUAAACUAAAACUAGAGUAUAAGGACUAAAAAUAGGCAAGGUGAUUGUGUCCUGUGGAAGUUGUUACACUCUAGCACAUAAUAAAAGGACAACACUGUGAGUUGUUUCCACGUAGGAGAGGGUCUGGAGAAGGGUCUCACCACGGAUGUGUAAUGUAGGCACAACUUACCCUGGAAGUCGCUUCCUGAACUCGAAUUCAUGACCUUUCAUUCACACAGGGACACCUGGUGCGCCAAGGCUCCCCUUUAGUAUCCUUUAUUAUAAACAGAUACUAGUCUAGAAGUACUUGCAGUUUGCGUUAUAACUUCUGACUCAUUUUGUUCUCUCAUGCUUUCCUUUCAAAAAGGGAAAGAUUGUGUAUAUCACAUAAUUCAUUCAAAGUUCUUAGACUAUUGUUAUUACUUAAGAGGACGAAUGAAACUAACUAAAAAACCCAAAAGAUUGGUAUAAUGUCAAAAAAGGGCGAUACAACAUCUGGAACAAGUAUCAAACUUAAAUACAUUAAAACCUAACAACGUAAAUUUAUGCACGAAGAUCAUAUUAUAGAUCUAACAAUUCUUAUAACUCUUUAAUGUAUCAUAUCUUAAAGAGACCUCAUAAAUGGUAUUGAUAUUACCAACUAACUUGUUUGGGACUUACUAGAAUUAAACCGAUGGAAGCUCCUAACGGAAGAAAUAUUGAAGGCUAGGGAUUUUAUGGGAGGCUACCGUAUCGGCACCUAACUUGUUGAAUACAUCUUGAAUUGAUUUCCCUAAACUGGCAAAAUGAUUUAUCAUGGAAUGUCAAUGGUUUCCUGAUUCAACCACAUAUUACAGAAUCAGAUCAUUGACACAAAUGGAAGGAGUUUGAUUUAUUGUUUUAAUUCCAUCUCGUGGAAUAAAUGAUGUUUUGAAGUUAUCAAUUAAAGUGAGAAUAAAUUAUGAAAUAUUUCUGCAAAUUUCUUUCUUGUUUUCUAUCUGGGUUAACUGCAAUUCAAAGGUAUUGAUGUUAAUCAACCUAUAUUCCCUGUGUCCUUAUGAGGUUGCACCAUAAGACUCGAAAAGCUCCCACAUUUUUUGAGUUAUGUUAUGCAAACACAAAGGGACAUAGAGAGUAUUUUUUUAUUGGUGUUCUUUUGUGUUGUGUACAUAGAGGUUUCAAAGAGUUGACUUGGAUAUUAAUUAUCUAUGUUCCAUGCCAUGUGUAGGUAUGUGGCUGCAGAGCUGGCUUCUGACAUUGUUGUCAAAACUGGAGAUGUGAGAUUUUAUCUGCACAAGGUGGCUUGAAUUGUUGUUCACAGUUCCCUCUGCUAUCCAAGAGUUCUCUGUUGCAAAAAUUAGUUUCAGCAGCAAAUGAACAAGGCAGCGAUGAAGUCACAAUCACAGAGAUUCCUGGAGGACCAGCUGCUUUUGAAAUUUGUGCCAAAUUCUGUUAUGGAAUGGUUGUUACCUUAAACGCUCACAAUGUCAUUGCUGCUCGUUGUGCAGCUGAGUACCUGGAGAUGUAUGAAACAGUGGAGAAAGGUAACCUCGCAUACAAAAUCGAUGCCUUCCUGAACUCGGUCAUUUUUCGGAGCUGGAAGGACUCGAUCAUAGUUCUUCAGACAGCUAAGUCUACACUCCCUUGGUCUGAGGAUUUGAAGUUGAUCAGUCAUUGCGUCGAGUCUAUUGCUUCUAGAGCAGUAAUUGACACUUCUAAGGUGGAUUGGUCAUACACAUAUAAUAGGAAAAAGCUUCCGGAAGAAAAUGGAAGUGAUCCAAAUUGGAAUGGUGUUCGAAAUUACAAAGUGGUGCCAAACGACUGGUGGGUUGAGGACUUGUGUGAACUGGAGAUUGAUUUGUAUAGGAGGGUUAUUAUCAGUAUCAAUGAAAAACAAAUUAUUUGUGGCGAAGUGAUUGGAGAAGCUCUCAAAGCUUAUGCCUAUCGACAAUUUCCUGGUCUCAUCAAGGGUGUGACAAAAACUAGUGACUUAACGAAUUACCAAUCUAUGGUUGAAACGAUCAUUUUUCUGCUGCCUGAUGAAAAAGGCUGUGUUUCGUGUAAUUUUUUACUCAAACUGUUAAAAGCCACGAUACUAGUGAACUCUGGUGAAGAGGUGAAACAAGAUUUAAUUAAGAAAAUAGGACACCAACUAGAGACAGCCUCGGUCAGUGAUCUUUUAAUUAGAGCACAGGAAGGAGAUACUUUGAUGUAUGAUGUGGAUAUUGUACUUAACAUAGUGAAAGCGUUUUUUGUCAGAGAUCGAAGUUCUGAAAUCGAAGCACUAGAGAGCUAUGAGACUCCCGAAUUUAAAAAUCAUGGGAUAUUAUCUGAAGCCUCAAAGCUAAUGGUCGCGAAAUUAAUUGAUAAUUACCUUGCUGAAAUCGCUAGGGAUCAAAAUCUUCCGGUGUCGAAGUUUGUUGAACUUGGAGAGAUGAUAUCAAGCAUUUCAAGGCCGGGACAUGAUGGGAUUUAUCGUGCAAUUGACAUGUACCUCAAGGAACACCCAGGGAUCAGCAAAAGUGAGAGAAAAAGGAUAUGUAGGCUCAUGGACUGCAAGAAACUAUCAGUAGACGCAUGUAUGCACGCGGUGCAGAAUGAAAGGCUUCCACUGAGGGUAGUAGUUCAGGUACUUUUCUUUGAGCAGGUCCGUGCUUCAGCUACAUCAGGAAGUAGCACCCCUGACCUUCCGAAGAGCAUUCGAGACUACAAUAACGGGUCUCAGAGGAGCUCACGGUCAACCCCUAACGCAGAUGAAGAUUGGGAUACGCUGGCUACAGUCGAAGAGUUAAAAGCCUUAAAGGGUGAGUUAGCGGCUUUAAAAUUGGAGAGGAGAAAAAGUGAGAGAAUUUUAGAAGGUAGACCGAGUUUUGACAAGGCUGCCUUCCAUAAAGUAAAAGGAUUGUUGAUGACAAAGAAGAUAUUCUCGAAACUAUUGUCGAGCAAGAAUGAUAAGGGCGAUACGAGUGGCUCCGAUUCAUCAGAAACACCCAGUUCUGCUAAUCCUGAAGAUGCAAAAUCUAGUUCUUCUGCAAAUAGGAGGAUUUCAGUUUCUUAGUGUAAUAGUCCUAUUAUAUGGUGAUAUAUUCAUGGCUCUUAUUUGUCUCAUGGUAAACCCUUUUUGGAUGUCAUAUAGUAUUAGUUUCUUGUGCAAUGUUAGCAUGUUGUUCUAUUAUAAGUAUUAUUAUAUCCAUUACUUUAAAAAAAUAAUAAAUAUUUGGUUACGUGGUUA